CACCGCAAAGUCUCAAGGAGAGUAUUUUUGUGGCAGUUUCUUAGGCUUGCUCAGACACAAUGAAGCUCGACACCAAGGCCAUUCGUUAUCUCACCGCUGAGGACUGGCGCGUCCUCACGGCAGUAGAGAUGGGCAGCAAGAACCAUGAGGUCGUUCCUACUCCCUUGAUCGCCAACAUCUCUGGGCUCCGUGGCGGCACCGGCGUUCACAAAUGCAUCUCCAACCUCGCCAAAGUCGGUCUGAUCGCAAAAGUCAAGAACGCAAAGUACGACGGUUACCGCCUAACCUACGGUGGCCUCGACUACCUGGCCUUGAACACGCAUCGCAAGCAGGACAAUGUUUUCAGCGUGGGCAACCAAAUUGGUGUGGGCAAAGAAUCCGACAUCUACGUCGUCGCUGCUCCCAGCGGAGUUCAGAGAGUGCUUAAAAUCCACCGCCUGGGUCGCAUCUCUUUCCGCACCGUCAAGGCCAAUCGGGACUAUCUGCGGAACCGCUCUUCUGGAUCAUGGAUGUACAUGUCGCGCUUGGCCGCGCUUAAAGAAUACGCGUUCAUGACGGCUCUGAGAGAUAAUGGAUUCGUCGUCCCAGAGCCGAUUGCGCAGAGCAGACACACCAUUGUCAUGAGCUUGGUAGAUGCCUUUCCUAUGAGGCAGAUUGGCAGUGUUCCGGACCCGGCAAGCCUAUACGAGCAGCUCAUGAACACCAUUAUUCGUCUGGCGAAGUUCGGUCUUAUCCACGGUGAUUUCAACGAGUUCAACAUCCUAGUGGAAGAAAAAACAAGCACUGCAGAGGGCGACAGUGAACCGAAAAUCACUCUCCAUCCUGUCUUGAUCGAUUUCCCGCAGAUGGUUUCUAUUCAACACCCCAAUGCGGAAUAUUACUUCGAUCGAGAUGUUGCUUGCAUUAAGCGUUUCUUCGAGCGCCGCUUCUACUUCGUCAGUGAUGAAGAAGGACCAUUCUUCGCUGAUGCGACCAAAAUAGUUGGAGAAGCUGCAGGCGCAAAGCGUCUAGAUGUCGAGGUGGAGGCCUCCGGUUUCAGCAGGAAGAUGGCCAAGGAGCUAGAAGCAUACAUGAAGGAGGUCGGCGUAGACGGCGAUGCAGAGGGCGAUGUUGAGCAGGCUGAAGACGAGGAGGAAGGUGAAGGGUCGGAAGAUGACAACGAAGAUGCCGAUGAGGAGGUGGACGACGAGGAGGACACCGGGGCUCAAAAGGACGAUGUCCCUGAAGAGUCAACCGGUCAACCACUCACAGAAGCUGCGCUUCAAGGGAUGACGGCUCUCCACAUCAACGACGAUACCCCGGUGAAACCAGGCGACAUCCCUAUCCCCAACAAGCAGUCAGUUCCAAAACCCCAAAAGUCAGCCAAGGCGAAGUCUGGGUGGGCAAUUUGAUCUCGGAACAUGCUGCGUCUCAACCACAAACUGUUGUUGAGUAGAUCACGGAAAUAAUGUUGGCAGCCGAGGUUCCCUCCAGCGGCGUCCGCAUUGUCGGCAAUCGACAACGAGACGGCCGUCAUGCGAUGAGGUGUUUCUGCGGCUCCAGAAGCGGUUCCCCGAUCGCGUGCCUUCGCGAGGAUAGUGUGCAAACGAGGCUUCUCGCAAGAUGUUCCAUAUACGGGCGCAUAACGCGAGGUCGAGCUUGCAGGGUGGUUCGGGAGGCGAGGCGGACCGCAUCUUGCGGUGUUGACAUGAGCAGCAAAUGCGCCGCGGAUAGUGCAUAGUGAACCCUGUCAGGUAGCGGGUUAAAGAGGGUCCGCCCAAGGAGCCGCUUGAAUACCUAGCGAUAGUUAAUGCUAGCACUAUCACCUCUGUGUGAUUGUUUCAC